AACAUCUAGCUAGGGUUUUGACAGACUACUUGAGAGUAUAGUGGGGGAACUAGGAUAACAAAGUAACAUAUCAUGAGGGGGUCUAGUGAUCAAUUGGUUCUGGUGAUCAGUUUGGCUCUGGUGUGGCUAUGUAAUUAUAGGGGUGUUACUUCACAGAACCUUCAUGAUAAUCAGGUUCCAUGUUUCUUCAUCUUUGGAGACUCCUUGGUCGACAAUGGAAACAACAAUGGGAUACUUACACUUGCUAGGGCCAACUACAGGCCUUAUGGCAUUGAUUUUCCACAGGGUGUCACUGGGAGGUUCAGCAAUGGUCGAACCACAGUAGAUGUCCUAGCACAACUUCUAGGGUUUCCGGAUUUUAUUCCACCAUAUUCAAGAGCAAGAGGCCCCACAUUGCUAAGAGGAGUAAAUUAUGCAUCAGGGGCGUCUGGCAUCCGGGAUGAAAGUGGCAACAAUCUGGGAUAUCACACGUCCAUGAACCAACAAGUAUCAAACUUUGCUACAACAGUGCAACAGAUGAGGAGGUUUUUCAGAAGAAACGACACUGCACUCUAUAGUCAUCUAAGCAGAUGCAUCUUCUACUCAGGACUUGGAAGCAACGAUUACCUCAACAACUAUUUUAUGCCUGACCUCUAUACAACUAGCAGAGAUUUCACUCCCAAAUCUUAUGCAACUUCACUUCUUCAGGACUAUUCCAGCCAACUAACGGAACUAUACCAGUUGGGGGCACGCAAGGUGGUGGUAACAGCAGUUGGCCAAAUUGGUUGCAUACCUUAUGAGUUAGCCCGGUAUAACGGCAACGGCAAGGAAAAUAGUAGCAGCUGCAAUGAGAGCAUCAACAAUGCGAUCAUUCUUUUCAACUCAGGCCUUCAAAAAUUGGUUGAUCAUUUCAACAAAGGGAAAUUUCCAGGGGCGAGAUUCAUAUAUGUCAACUUAUUUGAAAGUUCUAAAAGGCUUAUAACAAAUGCAGCAUCUUAUGGGUUUGAAGUGCUUGACAAGGGUUGCUGUGGGUUGGGAAAGAAUAAUGGGCUACUCACAUGUCUUCCACUGCAACAACCCUGUGAUGACAGAACAAAGUAUGUGUUUUGGGAUGCAUUUCAUCCUACUGAGGCUGCAAAUAACAUUCUUGCCAGGAUAUCUUAUGCUUCAAAGCUAUGUUCUGAUGCAUACCCCAUGAAUAUUCAGCAACUGGCAAUGCUUUAAGAUUCUUAUGGCUUAUUAACCAGGAGGGCAUUAUUGUGGGAGAAAGUCGAAACAUAUUUGUUGAUUUGAUGCUUUGUGUUUUAUCCAAUGGUUAGGAUGUCGAAGUUCAAAAUCUCUCUCUCUCUCUCUCUCUCUUGCUUAGAAGGUCUGGACUGAUAGAAAUAGGGAUGUAAAUGGAUUGGAUAUGAAUUGAAUUCGGAUUAGAUGUGAUCA